GAUUGCAAAAGAAUAACGAGUUAAGUACCUACUUUGAAUUGGCGGGUAGCUUCAAAACUGAAAAUACCAAAAAUUAUUAGCUCCCAAUAUUUUAUUAUUUAAAAAUAAACAAUACCUUAUGGGUAAAAAUUAACUUCUCCUGUGGCUAAGUUGAAGUUUCAUACACCUUCACACACACUGUCUCCAAAAUAUCAUGGAUGCAACAGCAGAAAAACUUCUAAACAAUCUGAAGGAUCUUACAUCAUUAUUCAGCGACAGGAUGUCUGAAUUUGAAAAAAAUCUUCAGCUACCAGGUAUGCGAGAGUCCAAUACAACUGUGAAGUCAUUGGCAGCGGACUUUUCUUCCUUUAAAACAUUUGUAUGGAAGUCGCUUGGCAUUAUCAAAUCACAGAUUGAGCUUCUGGCUUUGGGUGUUGAUCGUCUUGACACACAUUCACGCAGAAAGGUUCUACUGUUCCACGGAAUCAGAAAGAAAAAGAUGAAGUUGUGCUCUCGAAGAUCCUUGGAGUAUUAAACAACCAAAUGCAGACGGUGGAAUUGGGUUCAGAUACAAUUGAAACUUGUCAUCGGCUUGGUACUAAAAAGAAAGAUUUGUCUCGACCCAUUCUAGUGCGUUUCACUUAAUUCAAAUUCAAAUUCAUUUAUUCGGCGCAUGCACAUAGAACACCUAAAAUAUAAUAAUUAAUCACAUUACUACAUAUUACAAUAAACAAUACAUUAAACGUAGGUAUAAUUACAAACAAUAGGAUAUUUAACAUUAUUCAAUAUU